GUGUCAUUGAUAAAGCUGAGAUUGCUACAGAAUGAGAGGCAGUAAAUGAGAUUACGUUACUAUGGACCACGUGUACUGUUGAUACUGUGUGUACUGACCAUCACUGUAAUUAUAAUCAUGGAUCACAGUCACCAUCAACACCAUCACCAUGAUCAUAACAUGAUGACCACCACACCUGCUGACCAACAGGAACAUAGUAUUUUACAUCAAACACAUUAUCAUGACCACUUUGCCCACUCGGGCCAUGAGAAUGCUGAACACCAUGCAAUAGAGCAUCACCCAAUGUAUUUCAAUUUCCAAUGGAGAGGAACUGUGCUUUUUGAAUCUUUUACGUUGGAUGCAAAAACAGGGAUUUUUUGCCUGAUCCUGAUGACCUUUGUGAUUGGAUUUGUGUACGAAGCUGUCAAGUACCUACGUCAGUACAUCCACAGGGAUAUAACCAUCGCUGAGUACUCCAUACGGAGUCGUGAGCACCUGCUACAAACGCUGCUGUACGUCGUCCAGAUGGUGUGUAGUUAUAUACUAAUGCUGGUGGUAAUGACAUACAAUGUUUGGGUAGUGGUCACCAUGUUGGUGGCCCUGGGAGGAGGGUUCUUCAUCUGUGGCUGGAAGAUCCACCAAAUGGGUGGCCUAGACAUUGAGGCUCCUUGUCAAAAUGAGUGCCACACCUCAACGGUCAAACAGGAACUUGGGCGUAGCGAGUUCCGUGAGUCUGAACUGGAACCUUUGAGAGAGGGCAUGGAGACUAACCCUGAUCUUGACACCAACAAUACAAGGGAAACAAAAAUCUAAAUUUUGUAUGGCUAAGAGAGAAUAUUUUUGUUUAAAUAUACAGAGAUAUUUGUUUUUGCAGUGUUUAAAGGGAGAAGUUGUAAGUGAAUCAUGUUGUAGUAAAUAUCUUAAUUUUGGGGAUUAUAUAAUUACUUUUCUUGAUACUCAAAGUGACAUGUAUUACUGAAUGGUGGAGAUAGCCAAUGUGCACCUACCUGUUGUAGGUAGACCAUACCCUGGACAAGCCCGUCUUAGUUGCAUUUUGUUGUAACCCUGUUGCAUUUAAUAGAUAUUUAUAAAGAAUGACCUUAUUUGUUUGUCCAUUCAAUUACUGAGACCGUCCUAACAAAGAUACACACAUCCUUUCCCACCAAAAACCUUCCAAAAACAUUUGUGACUACCUGGUACAUAGUAUGUGUCACCUGUCUAUGACAGGUAUGAGAAUACUCAGUUAAACUCUGGUUUAUGGUUGUAUGUUUGUGAUAAGUUCUGAAAAAAUCUUGACUUGGUAUCUUAUUGUGUUCAUUAUAAUAUCUGUGAGCCUACACAUGUUCAGCUUUGUGAAAACACAUUGUUGGUGCGUUGUUUCACAUUUGUCUGUUUGUGAUGAGAGAUUUCUUUGUCCAUCAAAUUUUAUUUAUUUUUCUUUUUUAUUUUUAUUCAAAUGUUUAUAAAGGUACAAUCUUUGUAAAAAUAUUAUAAGUAUCCUUCAGUAAGUCUUUGUCUUAUCCUUCAGUAAGUCUAGGAGACCAAUCCCCUAAUCUCUGCAUGGAGUGGGCUUAAUACAGGACCAUAAAACAGCAUUUAUUAUUCUGUUAAAGAUCAGUGUAUGUAGGUGGGCCGACAUUUCAGUUGGCCUGAUAUCUACACAGUUAACCUUUCUUACAUAAUUUCUUUUUGUGUCAAGUGAAAUUUGUCUCUAUGUUUGUUAUAAUAAUAUUUUUAGACUAUUGGUUGUAGUUUCGUAGGAGCUACUGAAAUAGGUUGUUUCUGUGUUGAUAACUUAUAAUGUUUAAAAAUUUGUUUGAUGUUUUAUUUAAAGGUACAUAUGUUCAUGUUGUGAAUAGGUUACUCCUGAUAGUAUGAUGUAAUAACACAAUUUAUAGGAGAGUGGAACAUUAUCAGGGUAAUGUUAAAUAUGAAAUUAUGUUUGUAGAAUCAUGAUUAUAGUAAAAUAUGCUUAAUACAAGUUAAGGUUAAUAGCAUGAACAGGCUUGAUAACAAAAAUCAUUUUUAUACUUGAAAAGAAUAUAUAUUGAAUAAUGUCUAUUGCAGGAACAGGUCAAGCAAUGAAUAUACCCUGUUAAUCUUUUUUGUGAUUAUCUAUAUCUACAACAUGCUUUAUUACAAAUUCGUGUGAAAGCCAGAUCACACAAAGUGUUCAGUCAUGUGUAAAGACAAUCAUGUGUGAAGAAAAAAGUAGGAGCACAUUAACAUAAAAAAAAUAAUAUUGAUUGCUGGUGCAGUGUAGAAUAUAACUUACUACAGUGUAAAUAUAAAACCAUGUUUAGAACUGGGAUAGUCUUAACACAAAAUCUUUUUCAAUACAAGGUUACACAAGAGUCUA